AAUAACAGAGCAACAGAGACGUGGUUUUAUGAGGCAAGUUGUGGUUUUCAGAAACGUGCAACACCAAUUUUCAACCAGCCAGGAAGUUCUGGUUAAUUAAGGAAAGCACUACCUCACAAAAAAAAGAGGCAGGAGAAAGAUAUAAUUACAGGUGUUCAAAGGAGAGAAAGGAACCCAUUGGAUUGAUUAAGGGAGAUAGAGGAGGAGAUGCAUGUAGAAACAAGAGGAACUUCAAAGCGAAGAGAAGUGACUCCGAGGAGAAGAAAAAAGAAGAUUUAGCACCAGUAAAGAAUUGGGUUUUUGUUUGUUUGCUUUGUUGCUUGAUUGACUGUCAGAGAAUUUGAUGCUCGUGGGUUUGAUCAGUUGAUGAAGUUUUAAGGAAUGAUUGUUUUCGAUUAUGUUGGAUAUCUGGUUUUUUUGGGUUUUUCCACACAAUCUAAUGGAAGGAUUGCAGUUGAAAUGGAGUUGCUUUUGGUGACAGGGAGCAGUCGUGAACUUGUGAUGGUCAUACAAGUCAAAGUUGCUUCUUUGAUACAUGAGAAGUUGCACCCUUGAAGGUUUGAUGUUCUUUAAUGCCACUGGUAGGGUUGAAGGACUUGCAUUGCAUUGGUUUGCUUUGAGCAUGAUACAUCCUUCGUUUUAAUGUUUAUUUAUGUGUGUGUUCAGAAGAGAGUGAGGAAUACUAGAAUAGGGUACGGUGGACAAUAGACUCAGCCUUAAGGAUGGGCUUGCCUCAGUUCUCCUCCAGCAGCAUUGCUGAGGAAGUAGCCACAUCUUUGAGCACAAUUGUGCAAACUUCGCCUCGAAUUGUUGGCGUGAGCAGUUGUGGUUUGAGUGGGAUGCAUGGAGGAAACCUUGGACAUCGAAGGCAGAUAGAAAUGCCCUGCACUUCUUUUACAGAUUUGCAAAAGAAAACCAAUGUGGAAAAUAAGGAUGGCUUGUUACGGUGUAAAAGUGGACAGCAUGUCCAGACACCUGUUCCUAGGAUCAUUGGUUUUGAAUCAAAGGGAUUGAAUUCUCCUGUUGGUGUAUUUAAUGGAAACCAAACUGCCUCUUCUUUAGUUACUAUCAGGAGUAAUGCAUUUGAGUCCAGUGGGUCAGACAAGAAGCGGUUAUUAUCUCCUCUUAGUGGAAGGCUUCACCCUGAUCAAUUUAACGGUGCUUCCCUAGACAUUGGAGAUGGUAUUUGUAAGAAUAAUCUUUGGGGUGGUAAGGACAAUUACAAGGUUUCUAUGUCACAAGAACAUAAGAAGGCUCAUAUUGGAAAUUCCAGUUAUUCAAACUGGUCUGCAUCUUGUCUUCCAGAACGGAAGAAUUCACCUGAUGAUACUUAUAGGGAAAACUACCUUUUCUUUUUUGAUGGCCCUGUGAUUGAGACAGAGCUCAAGCCUCCUGAUCAGUUUUUUCAUCCACUUGGACUUAAUUAUUUUGAAGAAACAAUGAAGGUAAAGCAUCAAAUCAGUGCUAUUGCACUUCCCUUAAUAAAAGCAGCACCACCUCCCUUGUCAUUGUCUCCUCUUGGUCCAAAACUCUCUGAAGGAAUAAAAUCUCCAGGAGCAGGCAGCAAUAUCACCAGAGAGCUUGAUGAUGAUUAUCUAGCCUUCACGGAUAUAGAACAGUCACUUAAUGGGACAGUCUCUGGCAUUUUAUCUUCCCGGCAGGAUGGGGGUUUUAAAAUGCUAGAUGAAUCAUUAGAUAAUUUUGAUAAUUUGCGCACAAAAUUUGAUGUUUUCACUCCUGAGAUUACCAGUGGCAUUAGACAGCCUUGGUGUGAGGACUCAAAUCUUGGUUCCCUAAAUGUCAGAUCAUGUAGAAGUUUUACUGGAAUGCCUGUUAGAAGGUCUUUAGUUGGUUCGUUUGAGGAGUCUUUGUUAUCUGGGCGUUUAUCAUCUGGUAAAGUUAGUCAGAGAAUUGAUGGGUUCCUUGCUGUUCUAAAUAUCACUGGAGGAAGUUUCUCCCAGAAGACACAAAAACUUCCUUUCACAGUAACUAGCAUUGAUGGAAAUAACUACUUACUCUACUAUGCAUCGAUAGAUCUAGCAGGGAAUGUGCAAGCAAACAAGUAUAGUGACCAACAUAUGAGAAGGAGCCUUAGCAUUGAUGAUUCACGACCCGAAAGAAGCAGGCUACGAAUACCGAUGAAAGGGCAAAUACAGUUGGUUCUCAGCAAUCCAGAAAAGACACCUAUUCACACUUUCUUUUGUAGUUAUGAUUUAAGUGACAUGCCAGCUGGUACCAAGACAUGUCUGCGCCAAAAGGUCACACUAUCCUCGUCAGAACCAGCUUCUUUGUCUGUGAUUGGAAGAAACAGAGAUUCUGACAUGGAAAUUGAUGCAAAGCCAUCUGCAGUCCCAAAGGCUAAUCAUUCUUUACCUCAUGGACGAGAUGCUACCAAUUCAAAUCAACUUGAAACUGUACAUAAUACAAAAUUCCCUGACCAUAGUAGAUUCAGUAACAGUGAAUGUAAAAUAACUGGUGUGGAGGGCUGCAGCCCUCCAAAUACAUCUCAUUUGUGCAUAAGCAAAUCUGUAAAUAGUCCUUCAAAGGUCAAUGAGAACACCACUGGAGCUGGUGCUCUACGUUAUGCUCUUCAGCUCCAAUUUAUGUGUCCUCUUCCCAAGAAAAGUUCAAGGUCAUUCCAGAGGAGCACGUCUGAUCCUUCAUCUGUACCAGCAGCAAACAAGAUGGACAUUGCGAGUGAUCGACGCUUCUACUUAUAUAGCAAUAUGAGGGUAGUCUUCCCCCAGCGCCAUUUUGAUUCAGAUGAGGGCAAGCUAAAGGUGGAAUACGAUCAUCCGUCAGAUCCAAAGUACUUUGACAUUUAAAAUGCCAUGUAGGUUAUCUUCUCUAAUGUUAAUGUUGUUCAUAAAAUUCUUAUACAUUUAUUGUCAUUCUCUGAUGGGGCGGUGAGCUCUUUUUAUUUGUACAGAAUUGUCAUUUUCCUGAUAAUAAAAUUUAUUAACUUAAUGAUUA